CAUCAAUAAUUAAGAGCCCAUCAGCAAUACUCAGAGGGAGCUUGCAUUGCACUUCUGAGCAGCCAGUUAGUAAUGUACAGUGGAGAGAUCCUGUUUUUCAAAUCCCAGGGCUCCAGGCCAUGCAAUGCGAGUAUUGCAUUUUCAAUUAGCUUCUGAGUGAAUGCUUGGCAUAUGUAGAAGUGAACUGCUGCACAAUUAGCUUAUUGUUCCUUUCAGCUUAGCGCUGAGAGGAUCUGAAGGACUGCAAAGAGAGGGAAGAGAGAAAAAAAGAAAAUAGCCAAGCCAGCGGCAUCUCCGUGGAUGUGGAAUGAGGGAGUUGCUGGGCUCACGCAGCUCCCCGUGCUAAGUCGGGAGCUACAGCUGUUCCAGAGGAGUGCUCAGCCUGGGGUGGAGAGGGCACCCGGGAGAGGCGCAGACCCAGCCUCAGGCUCCAGGCUCUUCUUUCCUCUGACUCACCUCAGCAUCACGAUGGAGCCCAACAGCCCUAAAAAAAUACAGUUUGCUGUGCCACUGUUUCAGAGUCAAAUAGAUCCUGAAGCAGCUGAGCAGAUCAGGAAAAGAAGGCCAACACCAGCAUCGCUUGUCAUCAUGAAUGAACACAUGCCCCCAGAGAAAGAUGAGAAGAGAACAAACAUCUCACAGGCAGAGUCCCAGAGCGCCUCUCCCAAGCAAAGGAAGCAGAGCGUCUUCACCCCGCCUGCCCUCAAAGGGAUUAAGCACCUGAAGAGUAAGAGUGAUUCAGCAUUUCCAGAGGAGGAAGAAGGAGUAAGUGAAAGGGAAGAGGAGUGGGACCAUUGAGGAGCAGGGAGCUGCCUCCACCCCACCAAGGAGAGCACCCGAGCAGCGCAGCCGUGCGCCCCGCAGCCCAUUCGCCGCUGCUUGUGCCCCGCAGCCCAGCGCCCGGCGGGCCGGGGCUCCCUGCGCAGCGCCCUCGGCUGGGAUUUAAAGCCACCUGCAAACGCGUCCUGUGAUCCUUGUCCCCGAAGAUAAAACGGUUAUUUUAAAGUCAUUUUUCUUUCAUUUUUUAUGACUUAGAAAUGUAAUUUGCAAAUGUGUUAGUGACCUGACUUCAGUACUGCCAGAGCUUAACUACUGCGUGUGAGCUGUACUCUAAGACCUCUUGUAAAUAAAACUGAUUUAAAAGCUACAAAAUAAAUAAUAUGUUCAUUUAGACAA